UGAGGGUCGCAGCUACACACAGUUCACACUUCACCCCACAAAAUGAAGACGAUCCUCUCCUCCGACACCAUGGACAUUCCCGACGGCAUCAAGAUCAAGGUCAAGGCCAAGGUGAUCGAAGUCGAGGGGCCUAGGGGCACGCUCCCGAAGAAUUUCAAGCAUCUGAAUCUCGAUUUCCAGCUCAUCACCGAUGAGGAGACCGGGAAGAAGAAGCUGAAGAUCGAUGCCUGGUUCGGCAGCCGGAAAACCACCGCCUCCAUCCGCACCGCGCUCAGCCACGUCAACAACCUAAUCAACGGUGUUACCAAGGGAUACCGCUACAAGAUGAGAUUCGUGUAUGCUCAUUUCCCUAUUAACGCCUCCAUCACUAACAACGGAACCACCAUUGAGAUCCGAAACUUUCUCGGGGAGAAGAAGGUGAGGAAGGUUGAUAUGCUUGAGGGAGUGUCGAUUGUGCGAUCUGAGAAGGUCAAGGAUGAGUUGGUGUUGGAGGGGAAUGACAUUGAGCUUGUUUCUAGGUCUUGUGCCUUGAUAAACCAGAAAUGCCAUGUUAAGAACAAGGAUAUCAUGAAGUUCCUUGACGGUAUCUAUGUCAGUGAGAAGGGAGCCAUUGUUGUUGAGGAAUGAAGUUAGAAAUUUAUGUUUUAAUCAGUUAUUUGCAUUUUCUUAUUCUUGCUUGCAUGCUGACUUCUUAUGAGACUUAUAUAAAGAAUG